UUCAUCUAUUGGCUUCGAUGAGAUUUUGUCUAUGGAUGAGAUUUUAAAAUGUAUUUUUGUGGAUUUUAAAUUGAUUCGAAGUUCAACAGUUAGUGUUAGUGGCUGUCGGUAUUAGUAUUAAAUUAAGGAGAUUUUUCGUACAUAGCCAUUUUAAUAAUAAUCAAAUAUGAGGCUUGGAAUUAAUUAUUACUAACAAUAACAGUGUAUACGAUGGAUUUUAACAGGAGGAAACGACGAACUUCAUCAGUACUUCUUGAGUCAGAUAUAUUGGAUAGAAAUAGAGGGAAAAUGCAAUUUCAGUGUUCAAGUUCAUUUAUUACUGAUAAAGGCACUUCCGAUAGAAAGAUAAAUGACGAUUUAAUUAGUAAUUUAAUACAAGAUUCAGAAAAACGAGCGCUGUUGUUACGUCUGCUUACUCAAGGAAAGGAGACCAUCAGUAAAAACAAAAAAGCCUUACAAUUUGAUGGAAAUCCUGAAGAAAAUUUCACGCCUAAGAAAGUAAAAAACAAACCUAGAUUUGAGAGUCCUUCUGCUUUGUGGAAGCGAAGAGCAAAGGAAAAACAACAGGCCAGUGAAACUAGUUCUGUUUCUUCCGAUCAACUUCCACCAAUUGUUGCUUCUCCAACUGUUCCAUUUGAUAAGCUUCUAGAUGGAGUCAUAGGUUUUGUAGAAUUGAAGUGUGGAGCUGAAAAUAAAUCUUUGGGAGCUAAGAAUUUAAUGAUAGCCAUGGGUGCAGAAGUAAGAGACACCUUUACUAAAGAUGUGACACAUGUUGUGUUUAAAGAUGGUACUUUUAAUACCUACUACAAAGCAAAACUUUUGAAAAUUCAUUUGGUGUCAGUCUUGUGGCUCGAUGCUAUAAAAACAACUGGAAUAAGGGUUCCUGAGCAGAAAUUUCCAGCUUUGGGAUUUUCUUCCAGAGAUCACAAUCUUUCUAAAAUUUGCCUUGAUUUUCAAAACGAUUAUGAAGAAAUGAUACAAGAUGAGUUUGAAAAGACAUUAGCUUUAAGUACUGAAAUACUUUCUCAAAGUUUUAAUUCAGACUUUGUUACUAAAAGGAAAAGCACUUUUAAUAAGAAAAAUGUAAAUGUCUCAUCCAGUAGCGAAGAGAAUUCUACUAAUACUGAUCCAAAUAAUUUAAAUUGUAUACCACAAUCAAAUAAACAAUUGUCAACAGAAAAUUGGCUUCUAAAUAUUUCAAAUUCUUCACCCAGCGACCAGCUUGAUGAUAGUUCUAUUAGUUUAUCUGAUGUUGAGUCAGACUGUGGUAUGGUUGAUGGUUGUAGUGUUAAAAGAAGUAAGGAAUUACAAAAGCUUAAUCAGUCAGUAAGCAAUUCAAUUUUUGAAAUUGAUAGGCUUAUUGAAACAACAUAUAACGUGAGGGAUACGUUUAAUAAAUCGGAAUUGGGUAACUUGUUGCUUAAUGAGGAUAAAGAGCUAAAUGUGCAAAAAUUGCAUAGCAGAGGAACCCAUUCAACAAGUACGAGCGAAUCUAAGUCUCUUUUGACAGGAAGAAAUUUAAGAAGAAGCAGUCGAAUAAGUGCAUGUAGUGGAUCAAAGAGCAGUAAUGCAACAGAACAAUUAUCUUCCUUAAGAUUAUCGACUGACACUCAACAAAAAGGAAAAUCUAAUACUACUAACUUAGAAAACAGUAAUAAGGCAGGAAGUUCUGAAGGAAAAGGUGAUAAUCGAAUUAGUAAUGUAAGCAGUACUAUGUCAUCUCUACGUAUUUCGUCAGCUACUUCCAAUUCAAAAAAUGAUUACUCAAUAAGUAGAACUUGUAAGGAGUUAGAAUCAGAGAAAAGUAGCGAAAAAUUGAAAAGAUCAAGAAAUAAUCGGAAAGUAAUAAAUUUAACUUUGAAUGAAAAAAAAUUGCAUGAAAUGAAUGAAUCAAGAAACGUCAAUGUAAAAUCCAAGAAAAAUUCUUCAUUUAAAAGCUCAAUUUUAAACUCGGAUAUAAAUUUAACAUCGAAGAAAACUUGCAAUGUUCAAACUAAUUCUUCAAAUAAAGCAGAAACUCAAUUGAAUAAUAUUAAAAAUCCCACAAAUCAAUUAUUUAAUGAGACAGAAAGCAGCAGUGAUCUCAGUUUCACAAACACAAUGAGCCAAAACAAAAAGAAACGAAGAAAGUUAUUUAAUCCUGAUGAGUUUUUAUUGAAAGAAGGAAAUGCAGAGAACGAAGACGUCCUAAAAAGGCGAAGAACUUUAGACAAAGUUCUAGAAGUUAAACAGCCUACAGUCUCGUUUAAUUCAACAGUUUUGAUGGAAAAUAUUAACAAAAAUAAAGUGAACGUAAUAAGUUCACAAGGAGAUGAAAACCAAACCAAAAAGAAGUUAGGUAUAUCAAAAACAAAAAGUAAUGAGUGUCAAGAAAAUAUUUUGCCAAUUAAGAGAAAGAACCUGGAUAAAAAAGAUUCUCAUAGUCCAAAAAGUGAGACAGAUUCUUCCCCCAUGAAGCACCCAAACCAAACAAAAGAAAAGCUAAUAAGAGACCUUGCGAGACGUUCACUGAGAAUACAAACAAAGAAAUUAACACAAAAAGGAUCCGUAGCAACACCACAAGAUUCGAAGAGAAGAAGCAGCUACGAUUUUGUUCCGAAAGGAAAGACUUUAAGUCAGAUUAAAGUUAAAAAGUUAAUCAAAAAUAAAAAAUCGUCAAUAGUUUGUACAAGGCUUCAUAGUCCUGACGUGCAAACCUUUAUGCAGAUUGUUAAGAAAUUGGGAACUUUUUAUACUGAAGAUGAAGUUAGUGAAAAAACGACACAUUUGGUGGCAGGAGAACCUCGACGAACUAUCAACAUUUUAAGAGCACUUGCCAGAGGAUGCUGGAUUUUAAAGAUUGAAUGGUUGUAUAAAUCUCUCGAAGUUGGGCGAUGGGUUGAGGAGGAAGACUACGAAUUAACGGAAUUCUCCCCUGCCGUGCAGCAGUGUAGACAACAAAGACAGGCAUUUGGUUCUUUAUAUUCAAUGGAUAUUUUUCAAAACAUAGGCCCUAUAUUUGUUUCAAAUGCUUCAGUUCCUCGACGUUCUGAUUUGGAGGAACUAAUAGUCCUAUGCAAAGGAACUAUUACCAAGACCAUGAGUUCAGCUUCUGUAAUUGUAGCAGAAAUAACUAAUAUGAAACAAAAAGUUUGUGUUUCUGAAAAGUGGAUUUUAGAUUCAGUUAUGUACAAUACAAAGAAACCAUUUAAAAACUAUCUUCUGAAGUUAAAUAUAAGGGAGAGCCAAGAAUUUUAAUUACGCAUAGAAAAUACGUUGUUCUUGCCUAGUCUUUAUAUGUAUUAGGUUUUUUAUGUUUUAGUUAUAUAUGCCAUCUGAGUAGUUGUUCUUAAAAUUGUAUUUUCAUUAAAUUUUUUUUCGUAAUA